AUGGCUAAUAAUAACUUACACUUAAAUUUAAAAGAAGCUAUUUUAAUAGCUUUGCUAUUUAGCAUGAUGUAGCUCUCAUUUGCUGAUGAGGUAGUUUAGAAAUUAGAGAAGUAGUAGGACUUUUCCAAGUCAAUUGUUUUGAAUUAGAAGUUACUCAUUGAUUAUGACAGAGAUAUUUUUAAACACGCCUAUUUCAUAGAUUUUGAUGACACUUCAAAAAGCGAUAAUGAUUUUUGCAUUGUAAAGCAAAGAACUGUGGUGUCUAGCUCUAAGAUCGAAUAAGAUUUCGAUUUUAAUGAUCUUAAAUUAACAGGAAAGGACGAAAUCCUAGCUUUCUAACUUGUUGGAUCUAAUUUUGUAAGUGUUUCAAAAUUGGGAAUGGUCAGCUUGUUUUCAAUCAGCAAGGAUUCUUAGAAAUUAGAAUUCAUUGAAUCGAUUAAUCUAAAUAUUUAGGAAGCCUUAGACUAUUAGCCAAUUAUUCUCGCUAAAGAUCAAAACCAAUCAUUGAUUUUGUUUAAGAACUAAAUUUCAAUCAUUGAUCUAAAAAGCAAAAAAGCAGUCUCAAACAAAGAGGUUAAUCUUUAGAAUAUGACAAAAAAUGCAAUUUAUGUUGAUGAAACUCUUUAUGUUCCUUUAAGAACUGAAGGAUUACUUGUAGCCAAACUUCAAGUUGAUGCAUCAAAUAACAUUGUUAUUUAAUAAUAAAGCAAAAUUACAUAAUUUAACAGCAAUACUCAAUAAAAUAAUUGUGAUGUUACAGACAUUUACUACUCAAAAAAGACUAAUCAGUUCUUUAUUCUUGAUUACAAAUAUGGCAUUUAUGUGACAAACGAUCAAAUUAAUAGCCUUAUUCAUUAUAUCCCAAAAAUUAAUAGUGGUUACUCUUUUUCUAUUUAUGAAAACUCCAACAAUGAAAUCACUAUAGUUGUCCUUUUUUAGAAAGUCAUCUCUCCAAUGGGAAUUUCAGUUUAUCUUAAAGAGAAAGAUACAUCUUCAUCAACCUCUAGAAAAUAUAUCCAUGAAAUAGAUUAACCCAUUAGAUUGCUAGAAGCAGAAAGAAGCAAAGUCUUUGCUUUCGAUCACUUUGCAUUAUUUUAGGGAAAGUCUACUCAUGCAUUAAGCUACCACUCAACUUUUUAAAACAGAUAAAGCAACUACUAUAACAGAAUUCCUGAUUUCUUGACAAAAGAUAAAACAAACACAAUUAUCAUUGUCUCUAAAGACCUCAGUCCCUACAAUCAAACUGACAAUGACUUUUUAGUUUUUUCUUUCUUCAAUAAAGGGUACUAAGUGAGUUAAUUGGCUGUUCAAGCACCUUAACUUACUUGCUAACCUAAGUUAGAGAGUGAUUUAGGUCUCUACAACUACCAGAUUUCUUUAUAUUCGAACCAUUGCCUUAACGAAAACACUAGCAGUAAUUAAAUUUCUUUGUUUAAACCUAAAAAACAAAUAAAUAAACAAGCAAAAAAUAAAAUGAACAAAUAAAUAAAUAAAUAAAUAAAAAACAUAAAUUAUAAAUUAUUUUUGUUAAUAAUUUUAGGUAUAUGGAUAGAAUGUUUGAUAUCUCAAAAUAUCACAGUCGACGUGGAGAAUAUCAUUGUUGACGAAAGCAACGGAUUGCUUAUAGCAGCUAUUGUUUUGUUGACUAUCUUAUCUGUAAUCAUACUCAUAUUUGUUAUAUAUAACACAAUUAGAAAAUACAAAGCGAGAAUCUAAGGUUUGGAAAGAGAAUUCGUACAAUUGUCAGCAGAUAACAAAAAAUUCAAAUACUAAGAAAUGGAACAAGAAGUUUGA